AUGAGGCCUCUGGAGCUCCGUUUCGUCUGUGACUCCUACCAAGAAUGCCUCGAAGAGAAAUCUCAACUAACCCAGAUGUGCGACCAAAAACAUCGGAAAUGGGAUAAAAAAUGUGCGCAAAAAAUGAAAAAUGACUUUGAUGGAAUUGGAAAAUACGAAGAAAUGAUAAAAAUUGAGUCGAAAAAUUGUAUAGAAGCAGAGAUGAAGGAGAGAAAUCAGUCGUAUAUAACGAGUAAGGAUAAGAACCGAUUCUGUGCCAGUUACCUCUUCAACCGUCCGGAUACCAAUGGAGACUGUCCACUUCGAAUCGCACGAGCACAGAAUCGAUGUGAUGCGUUGAGACGGUGUUGUGAGCCGGCUGUUCGAUGCGAACAACAAACAAUGUACAGCGAGAAUGGGCGGACAUUGAGCGGGUUGAAGGAGGAGGUGGAGAUCAAAAUGGCGGAGUGUGCACAGCAUGAAGAAGAACUCCGUCCACACCCUCAAAACUCCCAAAAUCCUCUCUCCGACAAAUCUACGAAAAAGCAACGAAAAAUCAAAAUAAUCGAAUCGCCGCCAUUUUCACUCUGUCUGAAAUAUCUGCAGUGUCAAAAGGAUGCACAUCAAAUGAGAGUUAAUUGCUCGAAGAGUUCAAAUCGCCACUCCCUCGACGGUCUCGACUCAGAUGACACUUCACAUGCGACGUGGCAGACAUGCAAGACAUCUUUAGAAGAAGACUUUUAUCUGAUGAAUCAGCGAAGAGAAGAAGCGUUCGCCUAUCUGGAUAAAUGUGUUCCGAUUGCAAAUGUGACAAGAGAGUUUCAGAUAACUGACCGGGUGUGUCGUGCGAGUACACUCAAAGAGAAAAAACCGAGAAAAGAGGCAAUCAACUGCCAUUUCGAGGUGUCAAGGAAACGGAAGGAAUGCGCUCUGUUGAGAGAUUGUUGUGUGCAGGCUGAUGUAUGCGAACGGAGCGCCUUGUACGCCGUAAUCUCCGACGAGUACCUCCUGCGGCGGACUCAACUCCGCGAGACUCUCGACGCUUGUAUGAGUCAGGGAAUCGAUGAGGCGAAUUUGGUUUGA